GUAGGAGUAGAUGUCAAGAUAACAAGAUGCUCUACAGUUUCUUACUGGUUUUUCUCUUUCAGCUUAUGUAUACUGGUGGAAAGCUAAUUAUUCAGUCCUCCAGUUUGACUGCAGAUGUUGGUACAAAUGUCACAUUAAUAUGUGAUAUCGCAAAUGCAUUUGGUCAGUGCGUCUCUGUUAGAUGGCUUUUGCACCAAGAAGAAAAUGGCCUUACACUUUACCUCCCAGGCAUCAGGAACAUGACCAGAAAAGCUCAGCAAGACAUACUGUGUUCACUGACAAUUCAAACAAGUCUUUCAGAUAAUGGCACAUUUUACUGUUUACUGCUGAAUGAGGGUAUGGAUUAUAUAGGUAAUGGAACAAUGCUGACAGUCAUGGCUCCAGAUAUAACCAGCAGGCAGAAAGUGAACAAUUAUGACCACAUAGAUUUACAACAAGUUAAGGAACAUCAGUGUUUGAUCCCCUUGGCUGUUUUAGGAGGGAUCUUACUUCUGAUCAUCAUGGGAAUCCUAUCCUUAUGUGCCUUCUACAAAAGACCUACUUUGAUGCACCAGAGAGACAGUAAUGUAUCAGAGCAACAUCAACAAUCCUCCAGUGAGACCCAAUAUGCUACUCUGAAGUUCAUAACCGGCAGACAUGAGCGUGUUUUAAAAUCCUGAAUUUUGUAUUGGUAAACAUUAUUUUGGUUAAAUCUAAUUUUAAGUUUGAAUUCAUUUGAAUAGUCAUAUACAUUAUAUGUUUUGUGCACCAUAAUUUACUUUUUACAUUUUUUUAAUUUUAUGAACUUAGAGUUUUGCGAAUUUGUAUUAAUAUCAGCACUGCAACUAAAACGUUAUUCAUUCUCAUUACUCAGUGCCAGAAGCCCCAUGCCCUGGAAUGUUUCUUGCUUUCUUCAUCCACCAAAUUUGUAUUUAAUCAGCAGUAGUUCACUUAGUGGGUAAUUAUAAAUCUCUUUAUAAUUUGACUGAGAUAGAACAAACCUUUUAUCAGAAGUAAAAAAUAACAGUCUAGAGGGUAUGGAGUCUCUGAGUCUUGGAGCACAGCUAGUGCAGCCUGUUCAUUUAAAGAAUAUGAUAUACAUUUAAUAUAGUUUAGUGAUUUACUGUAAACUGUAAAACAAAAGAAAAAAAGAAUUAUGCACUUUGGAAGUAUUUUUAUCCUGUGACCUACAACUAUAUACAACAUACACACACUGAUACAGCAUAUACCAAGAAUUUUCAAAUUUAAUAGUAUAAUUAAAUUAAUAUAUAAAUAUAAUUGUUAUUUAAAACAACAGGUAGGCUUAAUAUUUUAACAUUUUGCCUAUUAAUUAACCCAGAAAGUUUUUUUUAUAUUUCUGAAUGCAUUCAAUUAAACCUAUUUAAGUUGAGAAGUAAAUGUGUUUAAUAACUGCAAGAACUUUAUAAUAACUCUAAAUACAUUUGAUAAUCCUGGUUUGUUUUAUCAAAAAAUCAGAUAAAUCAUUUCUGGAUAAGUGUCACUCACUCCUACCAGUCCCUUGAUACCAAUUUGUGAACUAUUGGCAUAUACAAUAUGAGUUAAGUCAACUAAUUUGAACCAUUUGGUUUUGGGAAGGAAAUCAAGAACUGUGCUGGG